AAGAUGUACAGGAGGACAACAGGUCUGCGCCGUUGGCAAACUGAACUACUUAUGAGAAGCGUCUGAGUAGGACCGCGCAAGCGCAUGUUCAUCAGAUGUAUGCUUUGUUAAACCCACAACUCCACGCCCUCUCAAGAUCUCGCGAUAUUUGUAGAGCAAUUGAAUUAUUAGAAAAACUACAAAGGAGUGGGGAAGUACCACCACAAAAACUUCAGGCUUUGCAAAGAGUUCUUCAAAGUGAGUUCUGCAAUGCUGUGAGAGAGGUAUAUGAACAUGUUUAUGAAACUGUGGAUAUCAGCAGUAGUCCUGAAGUGAGAGCUAAUGCUACUGCCAAGGCUACUGUUGCUGCCUUUGCUGCCAGCGAAGGACAUUCUCAUCCUCGAGUUGUUGAAUUACCAAAAACUGAAGAGGGACUUGGAUUUAAUAUUAUGGGAGGAAAAGAGCAAAAUUCUCCUAUCUACAUUUCUCGGAUUAUUCCUGGUGGUAUAGCUGAUAGACACGGGGGACUGAAACGAGGGGAUCAACUCCUGUCUGUUAAUGGAGUGAGUGUUGAAGGAGAACACCAUGAAAAAGCUGUGGAAUUGCUAAAGGCAGCACAAGGGAAAGUCAAAUUAGUAGUGCGAUAUACACCUAAGGUCUUAGAAGAGAUGGAGUCACGGUUUGAAAAAAUGAGGUCUGCAAAGCGCAGGCAACAGACUUAAUGUUACAUACAUAGCCCUUACUAAACUUUGUAUUCAUUUUGCAUUUAGCUAAAACAGUUUUACUUAGGACCUACUGAGGGCUGCACUGACCGGGAUUAUAUAAAAAAAGUUCUCAUAAGAUGCUAUUUGCCAUUUUAUAAACUCCUGUUUUAAUAUCAUUUAUGAUUACAGAGAAGCUUUCCCUUUUUUUCUGACAAGAAAAGUAAAAGGCAAUGAGGGCAAUUCUGUCCAACUCUUUUUACAAACCUUUUUCAAAUGCAGUUUUUGUCAUAAAGUUGUUAUAGACUUUUAAAAUGCUUUUUAAAUAUUAAAAUGUACUUUUACAUUCAUGAUUUUUAAAAGCUUCCUUUGCUUAUUUAAAGGUAACAAGUGUGACUCUUUUUUGCUAUUUUUUUAACCUGUGAAAUUUCUUUGUAGUUUUACAAGAAAUGAAGUAUACCAUCAGAAAUCACAGUUUGUCACAAUCUAUAUUACAUAGUCAAUAUUAACGUCAGUGCUGUUUGAUGAACACAUAUAUAAUUUAUGCAAUUUUAACUUGGCAUGACAUGAGAUUUUUUACCUUUAUUUGAAACAUAUUCAAUGAUUUAUACUGAUUUAUCAAAGCAAAUUUUUUUAAACUGAAACAAUCAUUCCUAAGAAGUGUUAUUCUUUCAUUAUAUUUGAAAAGAAUGUUAUUUGAUUCUGUUAUCCCUGGUUACAUCUUUCUUACUAAUUUGUAUUCAGCAAAAUCUCUUAAGAUCUCAAAAUGCAGAAGCAAUUUUAAAUUAUCUUAUUCUCUUUUAGUGGCAUUCAUUUUUGUUUAGGUAAAUCCAUAUGUUGCAAUCCUGUCGUUUGUAGAGAUGAGCCAGUGUUCUUAGGAGAGGGGAGUAGUAGACACAGAGGAAUAAUGAUAAUGCCUCACUAUGCCCAUGAGUAAUACAUUUUAUUGGCCCAGUUUUGAAUGAAGAUAUUAAAGGAAGAUAGAUGUAUUUACAAUGUUAGAUAAUUUUUAAUAAAUUCAUUCACAAGAAUGUAUCCAAGUGGCAGAGAAUCUCAAAAUGGAAUGUGUGAUACUGCUCAUGAUUCAGACAUAAUGAUGAACACUAAAGGGGGUACCUCAUUCAUUUGUCCACCGGAUGUCACUGUUUCUCUAAAAGGCAGCUAUAAGUACACCUUUGACUGUGAGUAAGGUAAUUUUCAAAGGCUGAAAUUAAAAUGGAGGCAUAUUUAUCUUUAGCAAAAGAUUCUUUUAGAUAACAUGAAGAGUUUUUUCUUUAAUAAGUGGCAGAGGUAAAAGGAAGGUCUAAUGUUGAACUGAGGUGAAAAAACUGUACAAUUCUAUGACCCAUUGUAAAAAGUUGGAAUUUUGUAAUAUUUCUUCAGGACAAUUAGAAAUAUAUACCCUUUUCUGCAUGUUUGUUAGCACUGUGAGUCUUUAAAGAUUAUUCCAGUUUCCAAUGGUUUUUAUGGUAAGGAGUCAGUCACAACUUUGUUAUUUAUCAUUUAGGUAUUGAGCACUGGAUUGCAUGGUUGAAUAUGUCUCUAGUCCAUUAUAAAAUGUUUCUUGUAUUGGUAAGAUCAUGUUGUUAAACUGUAUAUUUUUCAGGAUUAAUUGAUGUUUUAAAAUGUUGAGACCAAAAUAGUGUAGAGUUAUGGACAUAUUUUAAUUUAAGUGGGAAAUUAUUAGAAAUAUUUGUUGUAGAGUUUUAUAUAUUAAAGAGAGGUAUUGGUGCAAAUAAAAACAGUAAUAUUAUUGUAAAACUUGUAUAUCUUGCAUUACAGGGUAAGCAUACCCUAAAGAAAUCUUAUUUUAGUAUAGCUACAGCUGCAAUAGUUUUUGAGGGCGUGUCAACAUUUCAUUAUAAAUUAUGGCUUCCUGGUUCAGCAUCUCAGCUGUUUCAACUCUGUCAGCCAAGUUAAAUCUUUUUUGGUGUUGAAAUUUAGUAAGUUGAGUAAGCUAUUUUUUUUCUUCUCCAGUAAUCCACAGUCUGUUCUUUGUGUGGGUUGGCACCUUUUUGAAACUCUUAAAAUAAGGAUAACUUAAAGGGAGCCAAGUACAGUAGUUUCACUUGAGCUACUGCUAAGCACGAGCAGUAGUAGCAUUUUGUUCUCAUUAAAUUCAGUCUUCUCAGUGUCACCUAGGUCUCUUGGUAAUUAGUCACAGGUUACAUCGAGUAGAAAGGUAUCUGCUAUCAACCUUAGGAAGAGGGAGUUUUGGUCUUUGAACUCCUUGACAAAUUAAAUAAACUUAGUAGGGUGUCACAAUAAAAACAAAACAUGAGUAACAUUAAUUCAAAAAAUGUUCAUUAACUCCCCACCACCUAUGUGCAAGAUAUAACACCGUGCAUUAGGCAAAAUAGUCUCAGCUCUCAAGAACAUGAUCUUUUAAUAGGGUAUAGGGUUUCUACCCAGAAAAGUAAAUAGAAGGUAGCUUAGGGAAGGAAAGAUCACUAAUGACUAGGGGGAAUCAGGAUAGGCUUCAUGAAUAAGGAGGUUGGCACUUUUCUCUAAAGUUUUUAAUUUAUUUCCUUUUAACUUCAAAGGACACUAAUUUUUUUUUUAAUUGGGGGGAGGGAAUGGAGGAGUUAGGAGAUGGUGGUUUUUUGUCUUGUUUCAGGGCCCUGAGUAUAUAGGACCUCUUUGCAAAUUCAGCUAUAAGGUAAUAAUUCAAUAAACUUUUAAAAUCAGAUAUAAGGUAAUAAAUAUGAUUUAUCUUCAACUUGCCAUUUACUUUUUAAAAAAUCACUAGCAAGUAGGAUUUUCUUUAAAGUUAUUUAGUAGUCAUUCCUUAACUGAAAGUGAUUAGGACCUACCUUCUUUUUUACUAAAGCUUGCAAAUGGCAAUAUUAAAAUUUUAAAUAUGCCUAAGGAUGUUUUUUCUCUAGAAAUGAAUUCCAAUAAUAGCUUUAUAUAGAAAAACAAGCUCAUUAUUUGAAAGAGCAAAAAGAAUGCAAGUGAGAAAUGUUUUUUGACAAUUACAAAACAAUUUUAUAUAACAAGUCUUUCAUUAUUAAUACUAAAUUAUAAUAGUUUGGUUGUGUGCAACCUGAAGAUCCAGAUGUGUUUUAAAGAUACCAUCAUGAUUUUAUUUUAUUCUGCUGGAUUUUUUUUUUUGAAGUUAGCUUUUUAAAAAUACUUUGUUUACAUUUAAUAUUGAUAUUGCAGCAUUUGAUGAAAAAGAUGGUGAUGAUGAUUUAACUAAAUAGAAUAUGAGCAUGAUUUAGUGUGAAUCUAAAAAGAAUAUAUGUUGUGAAUAUUUUAUAAUGUGGAGAAAUCAUUUGAAACAUCAACUACUCUUUAAUAAUUGUAUUUCCUGAAUAAAUGUAUGUUUAUGACUUUUCUAACUUAAA